AUGGCCUCCUGGGUUCCCAUACCAGAGGAGUCCGACUUCUCACUACAGAACCUACCAUAUGGAGUUUUCAGCACCACCACCGCAGGGCCGCGGAUUGGCAUUGCCAUUGGCAGCAAAGUGCUCGAUCUCAAGGCUCUGGUACAGGAGCACGUAUUCGAAGGUCUCAACUUCGAUGCUACUACGCUCGAGCAGACAACUCUGAAUGCAUAUGCUGCCCUUGGCAAGGAUGUUCAUGGCAGGGUCAGGAGAAAGCUGCAGGAGAUUCUCAAGGAGGACACCCAACUUGGAAGCCUUCUGCGGGAUAACCAGCCGCGGCGCGAGAGGUGCUUAAUUCCCAUGAAUAGUGUGAAAAUGCACCUACCUAUAGUCGUUGGGGACUAUACCGAUUUCUUUAUAGGACUCCAUCAUGCCACCAAUUGCGCAGAUUUUUUAAGACCGGGUUCAGACAUUGUGCAGAUGAUUCCCAGCUUUUGGGAAGCGCCGGUAGCAUAUGGCGGGCGAUCGUCAUCGGUCGUCGUCUCUGGAACACCUGUGCAUAGGCCGAAGGGGCAGUAUCGUGUCAAUGGACAGGCUGUGUCCGGACUCUGCCAGCAACUUGACUUUGAGGUCGAGUUUGCCGCCGUUAUCGGACAGGGAAAUGAAUUUGGCCAGGCAAUUGAUGUUGAUCAGGCUGAAAACCAUAUCUUCGGUUUUGUUUUGUUAAACGAUUGGUCCGCAAGAGACUUCCAGAAGAACGAAUUUGCCACCUUCACCUCGAAGAAUUUCGGAACACAGAUUUCACCCUGGAUCGUCCCCUUUGAGGCACUAGAACCAUUUCGUACACCUCCGACAAAAGCAGGGCGUCCACUACCCGAUUAUUUAACCCAGAAGGAGACCAAUUCGGCAUAUAAUAUACCUAUUCGAGCAACGCUAGAAGUUGAUUCGCAAAGGUAUCAUGUAUCAGAAUGCAACACUAAAUUUGUCGUCUUCUCCUUUGCUCAGAUGAUUGCUCAUCACACCCGUGGAGGCUGCCCGCUGCGGCCAGGAGAUAUUGUUGCCACUGGUACAAUGUCUGGACCCACCCGACCGGAAGAAGGUUGUCUCCUGGAGCUCUCUCGCUAUGGCACAGACCCCUAUGAGAUGGCUGCAGAGGGGGCUACCGAGAACAAGAUCCGUCGAACAUAUCUUGAGGAUGGGGACAUCGUUGAGCUCACUGCUCAAGUCCAAUCCAGAGAUGGACUAGGUAACGUGGGAUUUGGAGCCUGUCGCGGAGAGGUGCUUCCUGGUCUUUGA